AUGAAGAGCGCGAUCCUAACGAUUCAGGCGCAUCAACACCAGGCUCAUGAUCAUGAGAUCUCCCAGCCUCUGACCUUCGACAAAGCCGUCAAGGAAGUCGAACAAGGCCAAGAUUCUUCAGCUGUUGCUAUCCGCCUGCUGGCAGAAAUGUCAUCCGCCGAGCGUUUGCAUCUCUUGGAUGGAGACGUGCCUUUUUGGGAAGGUUUGCGGGAAAUACUCUGCGAUCGUUAUAACCGCAGACCAUUUGUCAUGGGCGCGAUCCCUCGUCUCAACAUUCCGGGAGUCAAGUUUACCGAUGGGCCCAGGGGAAUUGUUAUGGGCUCGUCGACAGCCUUUCCAAUUGCCAUGGCGCGCGGUGCAACCUGGGAUAUCGAUCUUGAACGGCGUGUCGGUAAUGCAAUUGGACUUGAAGGUAAAGCCCAAGGCGCCAAUCUCUUCGCCGGAGUAUGCAUCAAUCUCCCGCGUCAUCCAGCGUGGGGUCGCAUCCAGGAGACAUACGGAGAAGACCCGAUCUUGUUGGGUGAAUUUGGCACUGCACUGACCCAAGGCGUCCAAAAUCAUAUCAUGGCAUGCGUCAAGCAUUUUGCUCUGAACUCGAUAGAGAACGCUCGAUUUCGAGUUGAUGUGCAAGUGGACGAAGACGUACUUCAUGAAGUAUACCUUGCUCACUUCAAGAGAGUUAUCGAAGCCGGCGUAGCAUCGGUCAUGUCUUCAUACAACUCGGUUAAUGGAGAGUGGGCUGGGCAAAGCAGGCUAUUACUUACAGAAAUCCUGCGGGACCAGUGGAAUUUCGCCGGAUUCGUCAUGUCAGAUUUCAUUUUCGGUCUACGAGACGCUGCGAUUUCUCUUAAGAACGGCUUGGAUAUUGAAGCUCCUUUUGCGCAACAACGGGCAAUGCAUCUGAAUGAUGCACUGAAGAGUGGUGGAAUAUCCUCGGUGGAUGUCGGCAAAGCGGCCAUGAACAUUCUGCGCACGAAGCUCGAAUUUGGCUCUCUUCUUGUCCAAGAGGCGCCUGAUGAGUCGGUUGUCUUCUGUGAAGAACAUCGACAGCUCGCCAGAGAGGUUGCAGGACGAUCAAUGGUGCUUCUUAAGAAUGAUCAUAUCAAUGGCAAUCCGAUCCUGCCACUCAAGACAAAAAAUCUAUCUCGCUUAGCUGUCGUUGGCCGUCUGGCAAACAAGCCCAACACCGGGGACAAGGGAUCCUCGCAGGUUUUUUCACCGACCAUCGUCACCCCCUACCAAGGGCUCAAGAGCGAAAUACCAGGCGCCGAAGUCAUUCUUGAAGAUAAUGACGAUCCAGAAGCCGCUCGAGAGGCCGCCAAGCAAGCAGAUGUUGCUGUUGUCAUCGUAGGCUACGACGCCGGCGAUGAGGGCGAAUAUGUAGUGCCUUCUCUCCAGAACGACCCUUGCUUGUCUGAACUAUUUCCUCCAACGAGUAAUCCCGGCGAGGAAGAGAUGCUGUCGAUUGUGCAGGGAAAUCCAGCCCAAGGAAAACAAGAAUCAGCACUGGAAGUUGGUGCUGGUGGCGACCGACGGUCUCUGCGGUUAAGACCUCGAGACGUUCAAGUCAUCAAUGCCGUGGCGUCUGUCAACUCACAUACGAUCGUCGUGCUUGUUUGCGCCGGUGCUGUCAUAAUGGAGGAAUGGAAAGGCAAAGCACCUGCUAUCUUGGUCAGUUGGUACGCUGGGGCAGAGGGUGGCCAUGCACUCGCAGACGUCUUGCUUGGACGUGUUGAUACUGGAGGUAGAUUACCAUUUUCUAUCCCUAAGGAUGAAAGUCACCUCCCAGAGCUUGACAUCGAAGCAUCAAGUAUUAAAUAUGAUCGUUGGUACGGCCAAGCUUUGCUCGAUAAGCUUGGAGUUGACGCGGCGUUUCCACUCGGCUAUGGGUUGUCCUAUACCCAGUUUCGGUUCAGGAACCUCAAAUGCGUGUAUUUGACAGAACAGAGGAUUAUCAAUGUUGCUUUGGACGUGGAAAACAUAGGUCUGAGAUCCGGCCAUCACGUUGCCCAAGUGUAUGGGUAUCCCAAGAUGGCAGAGUUUCCGCAUCGGGUCUUGCUUGGUUUCGGGAGUGUUUACUUGCAAUCGAGGGAGGCGAGACGAAUCUGUAUUGAAGCAUCCUUUCGGCCAAUUGAACGAUGGGUCAAUGGAAAAUUCUGCUUGUUGGUUAGUUCCGUUGAGAUUGAGGUUGCUGGACACGCUGGGGACAAGGAAGCAAUUCGCAAGGUUUGUAAGCUAUGUUGA